AUGCCCGCCAUCCUAGCAGCAGCAGCAAAGCCCCCCGCGGCAGAAUCUCCCGCUCAAUCACGCAAUGCCUCACCGCCUGUCGGAUCUCGCGCUGUGAUUGGCCAGUGCGAAGUGGGCUGUUUCGUCCGCAAAGUUCGAAAGUCGAAAAUCGCCAUGAGCUCAUCGGCGGCCAAUCAGGUGGCAGGGAGUCGCACCCAGCCGCUAGGCUAUUUGCGGAUGAAACCACAACACGUCGUCGACAUCGCGAACGCGGGAACGGCGGACAACGGCGUGACUGGGAUCAUCCCUUGCGAUCUGAGACUGGGCAUCGGCGACCACUCCCAUUCCCGUGGCUUGGGCGCGUACCUCGGUCUGUUUGCUCGCAGAGUUGCUGCAGGUGAUUGA